AUGAUCUCGCAACUACGGAAUCACUACUGUCGUUUCAGUAUCGUCGUUUUAGCGACAAUCUUUCUUGCAACGACGUCGUUUACCGAUGCUCAAACCUGCAACGGCAUACUCAUCUCCUACUCCGCCGGAACCGGAGUGCGUCUGCCGCCGAACGUCACCAACCCUAAGAAGCAACCGUAUCGAUUCGAAUCGACGUUGACCGUGCUCAACAACGGUCUCGAUGAGCUCAAGUCAUGGAAGGUCUUCGUUGGGUUUCAGCAUGAUGAGUUUUUGGUUUCUGCUUCCGAUGCUGUUCUUGCUGACGGCACCACUCUCCCUGCUGCCGUUGGUAAUGGUACUGUUUUUGCUGGGUAUCCGAUGACCGAUCUCAAGACUGCUGUUGAGACUGCUGGCGACUUGACUCAGAUGCAGGCUAGGAUCGAUCUUGUUGGCACCGUCUUUGGGGUGGCGCCGCCCAAUGUUCCUUUGCCGUCUUCCAUCAACCUCGCCAAUGAUGGAUUCAUCUGCGGCAAAGCCACCGGUCAAGGGAAGAAUGGGACUAAUGUGUGUUGCACAAGAGAUCCGAAGUUCAAAACAAACAUCACUACAGAUGAGAAGUUUCUGCCUCGUCAAGAUGGUGAUCUUACUAUUAUGUAUGAUGUGAUUCGAUCUUAUGAUUCAAAUUAUUGGGCAGAGGUUGCUAUUUCUAACCAUAAUCCUCUUGGAAGGCUUGAUAAUUGGAGAUUGAAUUGGGAUUGGAUGAAUGAUGAGUUUAUAUUUGCGAUGAAAGGUGCUUAUCCAUCUGUUGUAGAUGCUUCUGAUUGUAUUUUCGGUAAGCAAGGUACAUUUUACAAGGAUCUUGAUUUUGCGACUGUUUUGAAUUGUCAAAGGAGGCCGACAAUUAUUGAUCUUCCUCCUACUAAGUUCAAUGAUACUGAUCUUGGGAAGAUUCCGUCUUGUUGUCGGAACGGUACUAUAUUGCCGCCGUCCAUGGAUCCUAGCAAGUCGGUUUCGAGAUUCCAAAUGCAAGUGUUCAAAAUGCCGCCUGUGCUUAACCGAUCUGAGCUUUCACCGCCGCAGAACUGGAAAAUUAGUGGUUCACUUAAUCCUGACUAUAAAUGCGGUCCUCCGAUUCGUGUUAGCCCUACCGCGAAUCCAGAUCCGACAGGGUUGCCGUUGAACAAAACGGUAAUGGCGAGUUGGCAGGUUGUGUGUAAUAUAACAACAGCCAAGGGAACAUCCAGUAAAUGCUGUGUCUCGUUUUCAGCUUUUUACAAUGAAUCAGUUAUCCCAUGCAAAACUUGUGCAUGUGGAUGCGCCAAUAAUGUGGGAAGAACGUGUAGUACAACUGCACCUGCUAUGUGGCUUCCCUCGGAAGCACUACUUGUUCCUUUCGAGAACCGAACCGCCAAGGCUCUUGCGUGGGCGAGUCUGAAACAUCUGCCAAUGCCAAAACCUAUGCCUUGCAGUGAUAACUGCGGUGUGAGCAUAAACUGGCAUUUACUUACAGAUUACAAUAAAGGAUGGAGUGCAAGGGUCACACUUUUCAAUUGGGGUGAAACUAAUUUUGCAGACUGGUUUGCUGCUGUGCAAAUGGACAAAGCUACUGCAGGUUUUGAGAAAAUGUAUUCAUUCAACGGAAGCGCCGUAGAAAUAAACGGCGUGAAUAAUACGAUAAUAAUGCAAGGUUUGGAGGGGUUGAACUACCUUGUUGGAGAAACAGAUGGAGCUGACCCUCGGAGAGAUCCCAGGGUGCCUGGCAAACAACAGUCAGUAAUGUCAUUCACAAAGAAAACUACUCCUGGAAUCAGUGUCAUUCACGGUGAUGGGUUUCCAACGAAAGUGUUCUUCAAUGGGGAGGAAUGUUCUCUUCCUUCUGUAUUUCCAACCAGUAGUGCUUUCAGGAAGGGAUUUUCCUUUGCUACUUUGAUGCUUCUACCCUUGUUGUUAGCCGUCUUCAUGUGGUAA